AUGGAGUUACGCUGGGUAACCCUCAGGUAGUGAGUGGGACGCCGAGGCUGGAAGGGCAGCAACUGCGGGGAACAAUCUCUGAAGCCAAAGGAAUGAAUCCCUAAUGGUGGAGUUUCAGGCAUCAGUGACAGGCUGAACCCGGACUCCCAGGGCCCGUGCUUACACCUGACAAAUUAUGGCCUGAGCUAUGAGCAAACACGGCUGCAUGAACACUUCGGUGCAAGAGCCCCCUCUUGACUACUCCUUCCGAAACAUCCAGGUGAUUCAAGAUCUGAUAAGCGAGGAGCCAAGGACAGGGCUGCGACCACUAAGGCACUCAAAGUCAGGGAAGUCACUGACCCAGUCCCUGUGGCUGAACAACAAUGUCCUCAAUGAGCUGAGAGACUUCAAUAAUGUAAUUUCACAGCUGCUGGAACAUCCGGAGAACCUGGCUUGGAUCGACCUGUCUUUCAACGAUCUGACUUCCAUUGAUCCUGUCCUGACAACUUUCUUCAACCUGAGUGUUCUCUACCUCCAUGGCAACAGCAUCCAGCGCCUGGGAGAGGUGAAUAAGCUAGCUAUCCUCCCUCGGCUCCGGAGCCUGACACUCCAUGGGAACCCCAUAGAGGAAGAGAAGGGGUAUAGGCAGUAUGUGCUGUGCACCUUGCCCCGUAUCACCACGUUCGACUUCAGUGGGGUCACCAAAGCAGACCGCACCACAGCUGAAGUGUGGAAACGCAUGAAUAUCAAGCCCAAGAAAAUCCGGAUCAAGCAGGAUGUACUCUGAGCCUCUCAGAACCCCAGCCGUCCCGAAGGCCUGAGGAUGGCCAGUUUGGUUUUGACAAUACAGUAACGCAUUUGCACUGUUCACCAGAUUAGAAGUCACUUGUACCGUGUAAAAAUGCCCCCCCCAACUCAGGCAAUUGCCAGUAGCUCUGGUCUUUCUUCACUGAAAAGUAGGCAGUGGAGGGAAAGGCUUGUUGGCCUGAGACACAGGAGACCUGGGUUCAUUGCAUGGCGUUGGGAAACUUAUCUCAACUCUAGGUCUUUUUCUCACUCUUCAGCUCAGAUAUCCUGGGGUUAGAAUUGCUUCACAGAGCACUGGGGUUCUAUGGAGAGGCCUCUGUGAUAGGAGGCCAAGAAGAUAGGCCGUGAAUGUUGAAUCCCCCAUUUCAAUCAGACCAUAGUAGUUACUCUCUUAUGUUGUAUACGUUGGGAUUCUGCUUGAAUUUUCAUUUGAUAAAAAGAAUCUUCUACUUGAAAA